AUGAAAUAAACAAAGUGCUUGAUAAUCAAUCUUGUGAUCUUCUACUUGCUUGGAUUACUUUUAUUUUUUAGAGGAUAUUUCAUAGAUCGUAGAUACUUAUUGGAUACAACUGAAGGAAAGAUGAAACCGACGUAACCCGUAAUAUUUUUGAUCAUUGAUUCAUUCCGUAUUGAUUUAGCAGUGAGUCAACAUUUCACAUUUUUCAAAAAUAUGACUGAAAACAAGCCAGAUUAAUCCCUGUUUUUUUUAUCUUUUGCUGAAGUCCCUACAGUUACAGGUCCAAGAUUGUAAGCUAUGACAAGCGGCAAUUUCCCCCCUUUAUCCAAAUUAUUGGACAAUUUCCAUGCUUCAGAAAUUAAAGAAGACAAUAUAAUGUUUCAAAUGAACAAAUUUAAUAAGAAGACUCUCUUUUCUGGAGAUGAUACUUGGAUAGGACUCUAUCCUGAUUAAUUUACAGUCAAAUUCCCUCAGAAAUCAUUCAACAUAGGAGAUAUGCAUUCUGUAGAUCAGUUUAAUUGUGAUAAAAUACUUGAGAAUUUGGAUAAAGGAUUUGAUUUAAUAGUAUCCCAUUUUCUGGGAUUGGAUCAUGCAGGUCACAAAAAUAAUAAAGUAUUAAAUAAUCCUGAUCUAAAUUAAAAAUUAAGUCAAUUAGACCAGAUCAUUGCACUCAUAUACGAGAAAAUGCCAAAUGAUACUGUUUUAAUAGUUGCUGGUGAUCAUGGAAUGGCAAAUGAUGGCAAUCAUGGUGGAAAUAGCACUGAAGAAACCAACACUUUAUUUUUUGCAACUAGGAAAUAAGGAAAGUUUUAUCCCAAUUAUAUGAAACACAUUCCUGAACUAUAAGAUAAUUAUCAAUCUCCUUUAAUCAACUAAACUGAAUAUAUUAGGAAAAUCAGCUAAAUUGAUAUUGUACCAACUCUAGCCACUCUCUUAGGAGUUCCAAUACCUUUCAGUAAUCUUGGCUACCUUAUGAAUGAAUUUUUUAAUAGUGAAGAGCAUUGUCUUAAUAAUCUAAAGUAAGUAUGGCAUUUUGUUGAAACUGUACACAGUCGAUAAGGCAAGUUUAGUUAUUUUUAAAAAAGCUAAUGGCAAACUCAAUACUCAGAAGUUAAGACUUGCAAAGAUGCUUUAAUUCUUAUGAAUGAUAUCUAGGCUGUUUCACGUAAAAUAUGGAAUGAAUAUGAUAUUCCUUUACUCAAUUUGAGUUUUGUGCUUCAAGGUUUGAUUGUCGUAUUCUUCAUUCUUGUUAUGGUGAUAUUAUUUUAAGCCUAAUAAAACGAUGAUCUCAUAACAAUACAAUAAAUUACUGCUGCUUUUAAGCAUGUCUUAUAAAAUAAUAAAAAAUCAUCUAUAGUCUUAGCAAUAUUAUCAAUCUUUUUAUUUCUAUUAUAUGAACUAGAAAUCCUAAUAACAUUCCUCCUUAUUGUGCUGAUUGCUUAUAUCGAUUUUGGUUUAUUAUUAAAAGUCAAAAAAAAUCACAUUUAAAAUUUGAAUUAAUACUAAUGGGAUUUAAUUGAAACACCAGAUUCCAUUAAAUUAAAUAAUCGCUUCUCAAAAUUGCUUUAAACUGCAGUGUUUUUCUUUUUCCUUUACAAAAUAUUCCUUCAAGGCAACUUAUUAUUAUCAAUUCAACAAAAAAAGUUUGAAGAGAGGUAUCUCUAUAAUGAAAUUAUUCAACUAAUAGUGUUAAGCUCAGUAAUUGGCAUAUUUAAUUUUAUAUCAAGAUUAAUUGACACUUAAGAAGAUUCAUCAACAUUAUUUAAAGUAAAAGACGUUAUCAUCUCAUGUAUAAGCGCCAUUAUAAUUUACUUUGCUUUAAAUUUCGAAUAAUUUUAUUUGACAUUUUAACACUACGAAAUUUUAAAUUAAUCAUUUUAUAUGUUAUACUUGCCUGUAAUAUUUUUACAUGGUUGUUUGUUUAUGUAUCAUAAAAAGAGUCCAAUUUUAGAUAAAAUAAUUGCAUAAGCAGGUUUAAUCUUAAUAGAUAUUUUUUACAUUUAUCCGAAUGCUUAGAUGGAGGAUUAACCAUAUAAGGAAUGGGUGGUCUUGCAUAUUCCAAAAAUCAUCUAUAUCAUUUCUAUAUACUAUUAUUUUUCAAAGGAUCCAAUAUUUUUGAUGCUUUCUUGUAUAGUAGUCUCUGAUAAGUAUGGGUUAGCCAUAUACUCAUAUGAAAUAUUAAUUUUUAUCUGUAUCUACUAUCAUUGGAGGAACUUGGUGAAAUUUUCACUGCUCUCAUUUUUUGCUAUGAUAUCAUUAAUUUGUCAAAUUACUUGGUUCAUUUUUGGAAAUAGAUGCACAAUAUCGUCAAUCAAAGUGGAUAGAGCCUUUGUGGGUGUAAAGGAAUUUCAUUUAUGGUUAAAUCCUUUAAUUUUGACUCUGUUUUUAUUGGGACCCUAUUUGAUUGGUUUGAUAUUUAUAAAAUAUAUUGGUCCAAAAUUAUGUAAAUACGGAGAGCUGAAUGAAAGAUAAGUGAAGAAUUCAAAUAAUCUGUUCAAAUUAAUGUUCCUAUUUAAUUUUUAUCUUCAAGUUUAAUUCACUCAAAUCCACAGUUAUGAAAAUGCAGGAGGAUUGAUUGAUGUCCAAUUUAAGUAUAUAUUUGAUAGCGUGACCUUGUUGAUUGUUAGUUUAUUGAUGUUGUUGAUUUGA